GUGCACCCUGGGAAAUGGAGUCCGGGGGCGGGGCGUCGCCUUCCGGCGGCAUGGCGCGAAACGGCGGCGGCGGGCGUGGCUGGGCGAUGGCGGCGCAGGGGCGCGGGCGGGCGCUGGACGAGGCGGUGGGGCGCUGGGUGGUGCUCUUCUACUGCCACCGCGCCGUCCGGGCCUUCCGCGCGGGGGACAGCCGCGACUUCCGCCAGCUGCGGGACAUCCUCAACGCUGUCCUCGUGCGGCCCUUGGCUCUGGAACAACACAUCCACCUUCAGCUGCGGAUUGUCCAGCUUCUCUCCCGACUUGAAGAGAACUGGAUUACCGAUUCAGAGGCUGAGCAGGCACCUUUUGAAAGUGCCCUUGCCUUUCUGGAGACCCUGAAGUCGGAGCACCAGCUGAACGAGGCAGUCUUAAAGAACCUGACAAGCAAAAUACAGGAAACAGCUGUCAUUGCCUGCGUGAAGAACCAGGAGUUUGAAAAAGCCAGCCAGCUUCUGAAGACACAGAUGUCGCAGGACCCAGACACCCAGGACACCAGAUUGGCCUUGGAGACCAUCGUCCAGGAGAGGAACUUCUCUCAUUCGAUCAUCUUGAACUUCUCCUUCAGGGGCUUCCAGCAACAAGUUCUUGCAUACUUGGAAGACUACCUGGAUGACUCUGAGCCCUUCCUCCUUCAGAUGGCACAACAGAACUUGGCGGCUGUGCAGGCACCCAGGCUCAGUCUCUCAGGAACAUCCAGCAAGGGGAGUGUGGCUGCAGAGCAGAUGGUAACAGCAGAGACUCCUGGAGCGUCCCGAGGGUCUCCCCUGACCUCAGGCAGGUGCGCCCCCAGGAGGCCAGCGUUCCACAACCUGUCUGAUCUGAGAGCGGCAUUCAAGGCCCUCUAUGGCUCUGCAGGCGCAGAUGCUGCUUUUUCCAGACUGGAUGAGACAGACUGGAUUUGCCCAACGCAGAUUUCGCUGCCCCACCAAGUGACGCAUCGGAGGAAAGAGAAGUCUGCCCCUGGGUCGCCUUCCUCCGUUCAGAAGAGGAAAUGCCUGGUGACCGUCAGCAGCCUGGUCAAGGGGUUUGAGACUGCCUGCUCGUGUGGCUUGUGUGCCCAGGUGGACGUGACGCAGGAGCCACUGGCGGCUCCGGCUGCCCAGCCUGCAGAGCCUGCAGAGCCUGAAACACCCAGCCGGCCACGUGGUUCCUGGUUUCCAAGGCAGACCGAGUCCAGCGCCAACCCCGAGCAAGAAGAGAAGGACACCUGGAGUGAGGAGGACGAGCUCUUCGACUGUGCGUCUUCUGGGGGAGACAGCUCCAUGACUUCGUCCACGUUUGGAACAAAAAAACAGAAGUGGACCGAAGAAGAGACAGAGUGGAUCAGGGCUGGUGUGAAGAAGUACGGCGAAGGGAACUGGAAAGCGAUUUCCCAGGCUUAUAACUUCAAGAAACGCACUCCAGUUAUGAUCAAGGACCGCUGGCGGACCAUGAAGAAACUGGGUCUCACCUGAACUCAGGGCUGCUGCGAUCAGCACGCGUGCUUGUGUUUGUGUGUGUGCGCAAGGGGUGGAUCAGCAAGGCUGCUUCUGGGAGGCCACGCCCUUGGGCUGAUGAGCUGGCAGCUGAACGGCCCUGCAGGCGCACCUGGGCCUUUGGUCUCUGGUCCUGGAAACAGCGCCUUCUCCUCUGCGCGCCGCAGGCCACGGUUGGGUCUCCGUUUCCAGUUGAAUGACAGUUUUUUUUGGUCAGGACUAUUUGGUUUCUACUUUGUGGUGAACUUCAGCAGGACUCCAACGUUUAAAAGUUGAAAAGAAAGACAUUUGGAGAAUUGUUAUUUAAUAUUGUACAUUUUGAAAAAUAAAGUUCUAUUUUCUGA